GUGACCGUGGCUAAGAGCUGCACUAUUGUGACUUUACUAUGUAGUAGGCUAGUAUGCUAGUGGCUCACAGCCUGUAUGCUCUCUGAGCGGUGGCGCAGACGGCAAAGAGAGAUUCAGAAGUGAAGAGGGAUUAUUACACGGGACUAAAAUAAAAGUGAGGUGACCAUGUUAUAAAGAGGCCCAGCACCAGCUGAAGAAAUCACCACUGAUCAUCAUCAUCAUCAUCAUCAUCUGUCUAUUGAGUCACCUCCAUCCUCUCUUUGUCUUUCUUACAUCCACCUUUUAUCCCUCCAUCCCUUUCCCCCUUUCCUGAAACCCCACUUCUUCUCUUCCUUGCCCAUCCCUCAACAUGUCCAUCGCUCUCAAGCAAGUCUUCAACAAGGACAAGACCUUCAGGCCCAAGCGUAAGUUCGAGCCAGGUACGCAGCGUUUCGAGCUGCACAAGCGGGCUCAGGCGUCGCUCAGCUCGGGCGUGAACCUGCGGGCGGCUGUUCACCCGCCUCCCGGCGAGGACCUCAACGACUGGGUGGCCGUCCACGUGGUGGACUUCUUCAAUCGCAUCAAUCUGAUCUAUGGCACCGUGUGUGAGUUCUGCACAGAGAAGAGCUGCCCGGUGAUGUCGGGCGGCCCGCGCUUCGAGUAUCGCUGGCAGGAUGAACACAAGUAUAAGAAGCCCACGGCGCUGCCGGCGCCACAGUACAUGAACCUGCUGAUGGACUGGAUCGAGGUGCAGAUCAACAACGAGGACAUCUUUCCCACAAGCGUAGGAAUUCCGUUCCCGAAGAACUUCAUUCAGAUCUGUAAGAAAAUCCUGUGCCGGCUCUUCCGGGUUUUCGUGCACGUCUACAUCCACCACUUCGACCGUAUCAUCCUGAUGGGCGCCGAGGCCCACGUCAACACCUGCUACAAGCACUUUUACUACUUCUGCACCGAGCUCAACCUCAUAGACCGCAAGGAGCUGGAGCCACUGAAAGAGAUGACGUCAAGGAUGUGUCUCUAGAGGCAAGGACGUCACGGACGUGUUUCAACCGGAAAGUCUCACCGAUGCUGAUGAAGUCUGACGUAACAAGGGGGAAAAAACGGGACUCAGAACGAAGCAAAAAAAAAAACGGGACGCAGAACGAAGCACGCAAGCACAUCGGCGGUCACUCAGAGCAACAGCACUACCCGGUGGUGAGAAAUAGCACGUGCAUGUACGUGUACGUUGCGCAUCCUCCAGGCGGCGCUCUAAUGCAGUAAUAGGAUCGUGCACUAAUCAAGAACUCUUAACUAUGCAGCAUGGAUGGAGGGAGAGAGGGUUGUGGAUGAGAAUAACAUUGUAAAGUUACUCACCGUCUAAUGACUGCAGGGGAUUAGUGAAUUUAACCACCUGGUGAACACUAACGGUGUGUGUGUUUCUUUGUUGUGUGUGUGUGUGUGGGUGUUUGUUUUUACCUCAGUGAUCUAUGGGGUGUUCAAACUGCCAAAAAGCUUCGGUUCAGUUUCUUUUCUUCAGGUUCAAAUAAUAAUCAGUGAAACGAUUUUAUAGAUUUGUAAUAAUUUAGUCUUUUAAAAGAUGAUUUAAAACUAUGAUGAUGAUGAAACACACACACUUGACUGUUAGUAGGUUUUAUUUAAUGCUCCUACUUUUUUACUUUUUUUUUUUUUUUUUUUCUUUUUCAAUUUUGAAAAAAAAAGAAAAUACUUUGAAUACAGGGAUUGUAAACUAUGCAGGACUACUUCAUGGACAAACUUCUUUUUUGACAUUUGGAAAUGCAGUAGAGAUUGUGAGUGAGAGGAUGAUUACUGUGUGUGUGUGUGUGUGUGUGUGUGUGUGUGUGUGUGUGUGUGUGUGUGUGUGUGUGUGUGUGUGUGUGUACAGAUUACUUUACAUGUCUCUUGACUUGCCCACUAGCGAUCACUAAACAGCAUAAAACCGACAACCUCUUGUAAUUAAAUUUUUGACGGUUUAUUUGUUUGUUUGUUUGUUUGUUUCUGUGUUUUUUACGACUGGCUUUUUUCCCUCAGCGGAUCUUCACAGAGCAUCAGUUCACUCCUGAUGUAAAUUCCUUAACCGAAUCAGUCAAGGGAAUUUUGGAUUCGCUUCCUAACAGCCGGUCUUGAUUUUUGCGAGGUUACGCCUUAGGAGUUGGAACAAAUACACGGACAAAACUUCACAAAACAUCAAGUUUAAAUAAGUAAAUAAAUAAAAAACCUCACACGUUUAUAGUUACAGACGUUCAGCAUUAGGUGCAAAAGUUUGUACACCCCUACCUGGAAAUCAAGACAUCACAGAAGAUUCUGUUGUUAUUAUUAUUUCGGAGAUGUGUUUAAAUAGUGUGUCGAAAGUAAGAGGGCAGCUAAGCUAAGCAUGUAGGGCAUAAUUAGAGAGAGCGAUCAUUACAAACGAGCAAUGUGUACAAUUGUGAUCGAAAGGUUCCGACACUUGGCGUGUGAGUCGGAGGGCUCAGUGCUCGCACGAGUGAAUCAAUAGUGAAGCAACUCACCUUCAAUGUGUUUCUUUUUCUGUCAAAUCUCUUGCUGUUCGUGAAUCUCAGUCCAGUCCGAUUUUUUUUCUUUUACUCUGUACUCUAGUGUCCGUGUUCCCUUCAGGUCCGAUCCGUUUUCAUUGUUGGUGUCUUUAACAGUUCAAACUUAAACUCUUCAUUUUCUCCUGAUUUGUGGUCAGUAUUUCCAUAUUUUUCCUCAUUCCUUCUCGCUCUUGACUGUUUGAGAGUAUUUAAACUCUCCCUGCUUUAUAAGUAAGACUCAUACGAAGUGAACAGAUUGUGUUUUAAGUCACUAAUGAGGUACCAUGCAAAUCGAUCUGUUUAUUAGAGCAUGAAACCAAAUGUUAAGAGAAGCUUGGUAAUAAAUAUAACUAUGUUUUUAAUGAUAUUAAAAUGAACAUGGAAUCAAAA